AAAGGUUCUUGCUUGGGACUUGGGAGCUUCCCGGAUCCUAAUUUUUCUAUUUGAGCAACAAUUUUUCUAUUUAUUUAUUUAUUUUUGUUUUUUAAUUAUUCGAUUAUUUCAUUUUCUCUGGCUUUUUCUUUCCCUUUCUUUCUACUAUUUUUUGUCUUUCUCUCCAGGUGCUCAUUGAUUGGUUAACCUUAAUUUUUCAAUUUCCUUGAACGGCAAUUGUCUUGUUUCUUUGGCUCAAAGCAUAAGAAUUUGAAAGAGGGGUUCAGAUCAUUUGAGAUGGCUAAUCAAAGUGGUUCGUCGAGGAAAAGUCAAUCAUAUCAAGGGAAGAAGAAACCUUCUGAAAACAAUGAAGGAGGAAGCUCUGACCUCCCACGUAGAUCUCUCACAUCUUCUCGUUCUUCCAUAAGCUUGAAUGGCGAGAGGAGUGGAGAGAGAACUGUAAAGCGACUUAGGUUGUGUAAGGCACUUACCGUACCUGAUAGCACAACUUUAUAUGAAGCAUGUCGAAGGAUGGCUGCACGUCGUGUUGAUGCCUUACUGCUCACUAAUUCUAAUGCUUUACUUUGUGGGAUCCUCACGGACAGGGACAUAUCAACAAGAGUGAUUGCUAAAGGACUCAACCUUCAAGAAACACCUGUUUCUAAAGUUAUGACCAAGAACCCUGUCUUUGUUUUGUCUAAUACUAUCGCUGUGGAAGCUCUUCAGAAGAUGGUGCAAGGCAAGUUUAGACAUCUGCCAGUUGUAGAGAAUGGAGAAGUUAUUGCACUGCUUGAUAUCGCAAAGUGUUUGUAUGAUGCAAUUGCUCGUAUGGAAAGAUCAGUUGAGAAGGGUAAGGCCAUCGCUGCAGCUGUUGAAGGUGUUGAAAAGAACUGGGGGACAUCUAUCGCUGGACCAAACACUUUUAUGGAGACACUUAGAGAACGAAUAUUCAAGCCUUUGCUUUCAACUAUAAUUCCAGACAAUACAAAAGUUUUAAAGGUCGGAUUGGAAGAGACCGUGUUAACAGUAACCGUGAAGAUGGUGGAAUAUCAGUCAAGCUCAGCCAUGGUGAUGGUUGAGAACAAAUUAGUAGGGAUUCUCACUUCAAAAGACAUCUUAAUGCGGGUGAUAGCCCAAAACCUUCCUCCAGAGACAACUGCUGUGGAAAAUGUUAUGACACAAAAUCCAGAAUCUGCAACAGUUGAUAUGGCAAUUGUUGAUGCCUUGCACAUCAUGCAAAAUGGGAAAUUUCUUCAUCUUCCUGUAUUAGAUAAAGAUGGAGAUGUUGUUGCUGUGAUUGAUGUAAUCCACAUAACUCAUGCUGCUGUUACGACGGCUGGAAGUACAGCUGGAAUAAAUAAUGAGAUAGCAAAUUCAAUGAUGAAAAACUUUUGGGAUGCCGCUAUGGCUUUGUCUCCUAAUGAAGAUGGAGAUGAAACAGCGAGGAGUGAAGACGAAUCAUCAAUUAGGCUACCUUCGGAGAUAGAAGGAAUGAAAUCAUUCUCAUAUCCCAACACAUUUGCUUUUAAGCUACAAGAUAAAAAGGGACGGAUGCAUAGAUUUAUGUGUGAGACACAUAGUUUGACAACUCUGAUAACUGCUAUACUACAACGGACGGGGGAUGACAUCGAGCCUAACAACUUGCCUCAUAUAAUGUAUGAAGAUGAAGACAGUGACAAAGUUAUUUUGGCAACCGAUGUGGAUCUUGUAGCUGCCGUAGAGCAUGCAAAAUCAAUAGGCUGGAAGGGUUUGAAAUUGCACUUGGACUACGUGAAAGCAAGAGGGCAUAGGAAAGGUUUAAGCACAAAGGAUAUGGAGUACGAUAACUCAAAAUCAUGGCCUGUCGCUUAUAAGACAGUUGUAGCCGGGGCUGCUCUUGCCGCUGGACUUGGGGUUUUGGUAUACCUUAAGCGCCAUUCAAAUUAAUUGAUUCAUUUUUGGCGAGGUUCAAAGGUGAAUGCUAUGUUUUUUUAAUCUUGUUAGUCAUUCUUUUUUUUUUAUCAAAAAAAAAAAAGUUAGUCAUUCUUUUUUUAACGUUACGCAUUUUUGUAUAUAAAUAAGUAAAACAUUUAUUUACACUGAAAAUGAUGUUUGUAUAUUGGCUGAUUCGAGUGACGUUCGAAAGUUCAGUGAAUUUUAAGCCUGG